AGGAUGAAAGGAGUAACAAAAUGAGGACCACACAACAUCAGAAACGUAGUAUUCCCUGAAAUGACACACACUUAAAGCUCUCACGUGACAUCCCACGUGACUUUUCUCAUCUACUUUAACAGAUCAGUUGAUAGCACUCGCAGAGCUACAGAGACAUUUGCGAGGAUACUUUAACAGUAUGAACAUGACAUUUGCUACAGUGGACAGGGAUGGCAGGGAGAUUAUUGAUGCUCAGGAAUUUAUUAAAGACAGACUGUAUUUUGCUACGUUCCGUUCAAAACCUCGACAGAAACAGUCCAUGUACUUCUUCACUAUCGAUGAGGAGUUCGUUUAUCAGCCAUUUUACGCAGACUUUGGACCUCUCAAUUUAGCGAUGUUAUAUCGGUAUUGUGUGAAAGUUAACAAAAAAUUAAAGUCUCCAACUCUGCGGGGCAGGAAGCUUAUCCACUACACGAGUUACGACGCGCGUAAGCGCGCCAACGCCGCCUGUUUGAUCUGCUGUUACGCGGUAAUCUACCUCAACAAGACGCCCGAGGAGGCCUUCGCUCCUUUCAGGAACGGCAAGGGGCACCAGUUCUACGCUUUCAGAGACGCUUCGUACGGGGCCUGUACCUACAAACUCACAGUGCAACACGUGAUAGCUGGCUGUUAUAAGGCGUUCAAGUCAAAGUUUUUAGAUUUUACGACGUUCGACGUUGACGAGUACGAACAUUACGAGAGUGUUGAAAAUGGAGACUUUAAUUGGGUCGUACCAAAUAAGUUCCUGGCGUUCUCCGGUCCCCAUAAUAAGAGUAAGAUUGAGAACGGCUACAUGUUACAUGCUCCCGAAGCUUACAUUCCUUACUUCAAGGAACACAACGUUACAACAGUGAUCAGACUAAAUAAGAGAAUGUACGAUGCUAAAAGGUUCACUGAUGCGGGUAUUGCUCACUACGAUCUCUUCUACGUGGAUGGAAGUACUCCUACUGAUGCUAUACUCAGAAAGUUCCUGACGAUAGCAGAAACCACAAAAGGAGCAAUAGCAGUCCACUGUAAAGCAGGGCUAGGAAGGACAGGAACUCUGAUAGGGUGCUGGAUGAUGAAACAUUACCAGUUUACUGCACCUGAAACUACCGCGUGGCUAAGGAUAGCUCGACCUGGGUCUGUGAUAGGACCUCAGCAGUAUUACAUGGAAGAGAAACAAACCCAGAUGUGGACUCAGGGAGAUAUCUACAAAUCCUGCCUAAACUCGAAUAGUAACAUUGUGAACGGUUUGUCCGAAAAAGUAGGAUCAUUGAAUCUGGACGAGGACAUCGAGCCGGAUGAAAAUACUGGUUUAACCCAAGGGGAUGAGUUGAGACAGAGGAAAGCUCAGCGUCCCGCCAGACAGGCUCGUUCUGCCUCCUCUACUGCAAAGAGACAUAAAUUUAGGUAUGAGGAUUCCCCUGCAAUGAAUACCCGAUCAUCAGCCUUAUCAGAUGGAAUACGGAACUCCCUUGGAUCAGGCACCAUGUCACCCCUGAAACCCAACACCCUGACUGGCACCUCCUUCAGAAGUCGCCCCCUGGUUGCUGACCACAAGUUAACCAGUGAGUAUAAGAAGUCGACCCCUCUCCUCUCCGAUGACACUGCCAGCCAGUUGGUCCCUGCAGCAGUCCCCCGAAAAACCGAGCGUUAUUACGCCUCCAAACGGUAUCCUGAACGGGAACGGCCCUUCACUGGCCUCAUCCUCACACCUACAGGCGGCCAUUUCACCAAAAAUCACAACCGUCUGAUGACGUCACGUGACAGUGUAAUGACGUUACGUGAUAGUGUAAUCAAGUCACGUGACAGUGUAAUGAAAUCACGUGACAGUGUAACGAAGUCACGUGAUAAUGUAAUGAAGUCACGUGAUAGUUGUGUGACGUCACGUGGUUCUGGCGUGACAUCGCAGGGUAAUUUGGCAAAGUCACAUGGGGUGUGUAAAAGAACCGCGUCGGCUCCAAGUUACACCCAGUUCCACAGUUACACUCACCCACCACAGACAGCCCGUAAACAGGCUUACAAAUCAUCUAACAGCAACAGUGCAAAUGUUCGCGGAAUGUUCAAGCAAUACAGUACCUACACCUCAAAGUUUGGGACUUCUACCACCCCACCCGCAGCCCCUUCUAGGGCUAGGUACUCUGCGGGACACGUAAGGUCGCACAGUUUCAGCGCCAAGGACAGGAAACUGCACGCGGAUUCAGGACAACGCGUCUACCACGAACACUAGCACGUGAUCAUCACGUGUAUUGACACGUGAUUUCUCACGUGACGUCACAACACGUGAUUCAUCGGACAGAGGAAGAGAACUGUCAGAACACUCUUAGCUAACCUCAAUCAGUGAACUAACUGGGAUGUUCGAAAGUUUUACCCUUUAUUUUUAUACGUGCCUCCUAAUCAGCGAAUUUAAAGGUUUUUCCCGCCCCAAAAAGACUGUUACGAUUAAUUUAUAUAUGCUUAAUUUGCUCAGCAAAUCAAACGUUAAAAGUUUCAUUUUUACCGAAUGUAAAUAGCGUUUAAUAAUUUAUGAUCCCAUUUUUGCCGCUAAUAAAAGCAAAAAAUGAGGGGUGUUCAAAAUAGGGGACAAUCUUGUCCAAACUUUUUAUUGGUACGAAGAUGUGGUGGAAAAACUGCCGCUCACGUGAUUAUAUAUUGUAUACAGUCAAUGUAAAUUAUUUCAAAUAUACGUAAUUUAUUGUGAUGGGUUCCUAGUCGGCUGGCUGCUACCUAUCCUGUGUUUUGUGUUC